AUGAGUGGGAAUCAAUCCAUCACACCUAAGAAGGGGAACCAUGAUGAACUGCCAAAAGAGAAGACGUACGUGACGGUUGAGGAGAAAGACGUAACAGCAGAGGAAGAUCGGAGUUCAGAAACCUACACCGACUCUCCCGACCCCUCCAACCCCCUCACCUGGUCCUUUCGCAGACGCCUCUCCCUAGCCGCUAUAAUCUCCCUGCUCGUAGCCCUCCCACCCAUCUCCAGCACCAUGCUGGCGCCCGCGAACACACUGCUCCGCACCGACUUCAACAUUACCUCCUCGACCAAACUACAGCUCGUCUUCUCCAUUUACAAUUUAGGCUAUGGCAUCGGGCCUCUAGUCCUCGCUCCCCUCUCCGAGAUGUACGGUCGCUUGCUCGUGAUACACUCAUGCACUGCCGCUUUCCUUGUCUUCAAUACUGCGGCGGGCUUCGCGAGAUCGGGUCUUCAACUCGGCGCGUUUCGCUUUUUGAGCGCGUGCGUGGGGUCCACGAUUAUGAGUGUGGGCAGUGGCGUUCUAGGCGAUAGCUUUGCACAGCAUGAGUUUGGUCUUGCGGGAGCUGUGUAUGGGCUAAUGCCUCUCCUGGGGCCAGUGAUAGGACCAGUGGCUGGUGGGUUUGCGGUCGAGUAUGGGUCGUGGCGGUGGAUGUGUUGGACAUUGUCACUCGUUGGUGUUGUUCUUCAAUGCGUGGCACUUGUGUUUCUGCGUGAGACACAUAGACCGACGAUUCUGCGGAGGGAGAAGGCAACACCAGCUCUGAAGUCUGGUAAGGACAUCCCAUGUGACGAGCAAAACACCAACGAGCCAUGGUCAUGCAAGGCCAUCCGCCCACUCAAACUACUGGCCACGCAACCACUGAUACAGUUCCUCGGACUUUACCUCGCCUUCCUCACCGGCGUCUGCUACAUCAUCGAGUACACCUUCCCGACGCUCUGGACGGAGCGGUACAACCAGACCACUGCAAACGGCGGGCUAAACUACAUCGCCAUUGGAAUAGGAUUCGUCGUCGGAGCACUAACGUGUUCGUAUCUCAACGACCGAGUGUACAAAGCGCUGACUGCCAGAAAUGGAGGAACUGGCAAGCCAGAAUUUCGCAUCCCCGUGAUGCUACUCGGCGCACUCUUAGCUCCCGCAGGCCUGUUCUGGUACGGUUGGACUGCGCAAGCUGGGGCGCAUUGGAUCUUGCCUGACAUUGGGAUCGCCAUCUACGCAAAGGGGUUUGUUAUCGGGAUCGUCAAUACACACAUGUACGUCGUGGAUUACUAUGGAAGCUAUGCGGCCUCGGCGGUAGCAGCUGUCUCGUUUGCUCAGGCUCUGUUUGGCUUUCUUCUGCCGCUGUUUGGACCUGCGCUGUAUACUUCGCUGGGUUAUGGCUGGGGAAACAGCAUCAUGGGUUUCAUUGCAAUAUGUAUUGGAUGGCCCUUACCAGCUUUGUUGUGGAAGUAUGGCGAGGUGCUCCAGAGCAAUAGCCCAUACUCUGCGAGACGUCAGCCUUGUAGCGCUGAUAAGAACGCCCAUGUAUGA